AUGGGACCGCAAUUGAAGAAGCGCAAGCUUCAUUCCACCCCGACCGACCGCGUCACGAAGCGAUCCAAGCCCUCCGCCGCCGCAUCCAAAUCGAAGCGCAAGGCCGUCGACGCUGCUGCCCUCGCGUGGGAGGCUGUCGAUACCGAAGAGUUUGGCGGUCUCCAGGUCAUCGAGGGCGUUGAGGUCGUCAAGCAAGGCAACAAGGUCCAGUUCCUAGUCUCCGAAAGCCAGCAGAACCCCGAGCAUCGCGAGGCCAAGAACUACGAUGAGGACGGGUCGUUUGAGGGGUUUGGGGAUGACCCUGCUGAGGGCCGGGAUCUCCCCAAGGGCAAAGAUGGGGCUUGUGAGGCUGGGCUGGAGGCUGAGAGGCCUGGUAAGGACGGCAAGGGGGACAAACAAAAGCAAAAGCAGAAGCAGAAGCAGCCGAAGCAAAACAAGCAGCAGCUGGCAGACGCCAAGCUGGCGCCGAACAACUCGAAAAAGUCCUCUGCACAGGGUAACGCCUUCCAGGCCCUGGCAGAUGACGACGCCCAAGAAGAAGAAGGCCUCGACAUGGCUGCCUGGGUGGCGCUGAACCUGUCGCCCCAGAUGCUCUCUGCCAUUGCCAAGCUCAAAUUUGCAAAGCCCACACUGAUCCAGACCAAAACCAUCCCUGACAUUUUGGCCGGUGAGGAUGUUAUCGGAAAGGCCCAGACAGGUUCCGGAAAGACGCUGGCUUUUGGUAUCCCCAUCGUGGAGCGGUGGUUAGAAGAGCACGAGAAGCGACAAGACGAGCUAGACGAAAGUGACGACAAUGCGGACGAAGACGAAAGCGCAGACGAUGCCGAAGACGAUGAGGACAGCGAUGCGAACGGACGAAAGAAACAAAAGACCCCGAUAGCGCUGGUCCUGAGUCCAACACGAGAAUUGGCCAAGCAGCUUGGAGACCAUCUCAAGGCCUUAUGCGAUGGCCUCCCCUCUGCCCCAUACAUCUGUGUCAUCACCGGUGGCCUCAGCAUCCAGAAGCAGCAGCGCCAGCUUGCCAAAGCCGAUAUUGUCAUCGGAACACCUGGUCGUCUCUGGGAGGUCCUCGAGGGAGAUGCAAAGCUCCAGGAGUCUUUCACGAAGAUCAGUUUCCUUGUCGUCGAUGAGGCUGAUCGAUUGCUCAAAGCUGGGCAAUUCAAGGAAGCGGAAGACAUCCUUGGAGCUCUGGAUCGAAAGGAUCCAGAGGAGGAGGAAGAGAGCGAUGAUGAUGAUGAGGAUCUCUCCCCUAGACAGACAUUGGUCUUCUCGGCUACCUUCGAUAAGGAUCUUCAGACUAAGCUAGCUGGCACUGGUCGAAAGCACAAGGGUGAUGAAGACAAGAUGGCCUAUCUGAUGAAGCGCCUCAACUUCCGGAGGGAAGCCAAGUUCAUCGACGCCAACCCUGUACGACAGAUGGCCGAGGGGCUUAAGGAGGGUCUGAUUGAAUGCGGCGCAAUGGAUAAGGACCUCUACCUCUACACCGUCCUGCUCCUCAACCCUAAGCAGCGCACCGUAGUAUUCACAAACUCCAUAUCCGCCGUUCGCCGAAUCACCCCCUUCCUCACCAACCUCGCCGUCAACGCCCUCCCCCUCCACUCUCAGAUGGCCCAGAAGGCCCGCCUCCGCUCUCUCGAACGAUUCACCGCCGCCGCCAAGGCCUCCGUUCUCAUCGCCACCGACGUCGCCGCCCGCGGCCUCGACAUCCCCGAGGUCGACAUGGUCCUGCACUACCACGUGCCCCGCGCCGCAGACACCUAUGUCCACCGCUCCGGCCGUACCGCCAGAGGCGAGCGGAGCGGCGUCAGCGUCCUCCUUUGCUCCCCCGACGAGGUCAUACCCACGCGCCGCCUCGCCGCCAAGGUGCACGCCGAGGCCUCGAACAAGAAGGAGCACUUAAUCCAGACCCUGCCCAUCGACCGGAGGAUCGCGUCUCGGCUGAAGCCCCGGACAACUCUGGCUAAGACGCUGGCAGAUGCGGCGCUGGCCAAGGAGAAGAGCAACAGUGACGACUCGUUCAUGCGCAACGCUGCUGAGGAACUGGGCGUCGAGUAUCACUCAGACGACGAGGAGCUGGGCCGGGGUGGGCGUGGAGGAGGAAGGAAGCGCAAGGAGAAGGCGGCGCGGGAGAUGAGCAAGGCGGAGAUGGGGGCGCUGAGGGCACAGUUGAAGCAUGAGCUCACGCAGAGGGUGAACUUGGGCGUGAGCGAGAGGUAUAUCACGGGCGGAAGAGUGGAUGUGGCCGCUCUUCUCAAGGAACGGGAAAAGGGCACGCAGCUUGGUGUGUUCUUGGGAGGAGAUGCGGCUGGCCUCGGAUUUGAUCUAUAA